ACUCUGCCAGCCUUCCUGGAUCCCUCCACUGCGCAUGGCACGUUGCGUACCUCCCUCCCAGCAACGGGCCUGGCGGCAGCGCGGCCACCAAACUGAGGAGGCGGAGCCGAGACGAGUCGGUACUACGCUCUGACUCCUAGACCAGGAUUACAUUUUUGAAAUCGCAGUAGGUCUACACAGUCGGAGCCCAUGUCUUUUCUCGUAAGUAAACCAGAGCGAAUCAGGCGGUGGGUCUCGGAAAAGUUCAUUGUUGAGGGCUUAAGAGAUUUGGAACUAUUUGGAGAGCAGCCUCCGGGUGACACUCGGAGAAAAGCCAAUGAGGCAAGCUCAGAAUCCAUAGCGUCCUUCUCUAAACCGGAGACCAUGAGUAGCUUUCUGCCAGAGAGCGGGUGUUACGAGCUGCUCACUGUCAUAGGUAAAGGAUUUGAAGACUUAAUGACAGUGAAUUUAGCCAGGUACAAACCAACAGGAGAGUAUGUGACAGUACGAAGGAUCAACCUAGAAGCGUGUUCCAACGAGAUGGUGACGUUCUUGCAGGGGGAGCUUCACGUCUCUAAACUCUUCAGCCAUCCCAAUAUAGUGCCAUAUCGAGCCACCUUCAUCUCAGACAAUGAGCUGUGGGUCGUCACAUCAUUCAUGGCAUAUGGUUCUGCCAAGGAUCUCAUUGGCACACACUUCAUGGAUGGCAUGAAUGAGCAGGCGAUUGCAUACAUCCUGCAGGGGGCGCUGAAGGCCUUGGACUACAUCCACCACAUGGGCUAUGUGCACAGGAGUGUCAAGGCCAGCCACAUUCUGAUUUCCACGGAUGGGAAGGUCUACCUGUCUGGUCUACGCAGCAACCUCAGCAUGAUCAGCCACGGGCAACGGCAGCGUGCGGUCCAUGAUUUUCCAAAAUACAGUGUCAAGGUCUUGCCGUGGCUCAGCCCAGAAGUUCUCCAGCAGAAUCUUCAGGGUUAUGAUGCCAAGUCUGAUAUCUACAGUGUGGGGAUCACAGCGUGUGAACUAGCUAAUGGCCAUGUCCCCUUCAAGGACAUGCCUGCCACUCAGGAAACAGCCAUUACUGAGAUGGCAGGACAGGACUCAAGCGGGGCAGAAGCCUGGAGGCAAGAUCUGAAGCAGAGACCAUGGAGGAUGCUGCUUACUGGUUUGCUCCUCAUGGCUUGCUCAGCCUGCUUUACUGUAAUGCUCCUAGAGAAACUGAAUGGCACAGUGCCCUGCCUCCUGGACACCAGCACCAUCCCUGCCGAGGAGCUGACCAUGAGUCCCUCGCGUUCCGUUGCCACCCCUUCCCUGAAUGACAGCCUGGCCACUGGUAGCCUGCGGCCUUCCAACGGCGACUCGCCUGCCCACCCCUACCAGCGGACCUUCUCACCCCACUUCCACCACUUUGUGGAGCAGUGCCUUCAGCGCAACCCUGACGCAAGGCCGAAUGCCAGCACCCUUCUGAACCACUCCUUCUUCAAGCAGAUCAAGCGACGUGCCUCAGAGGCGUUGCCCGAGUUGCUUCGCCCUGUCACCCCCAUCACCAACUUUGAGGGCAGCCAGUCUCAGGAUCCCAGUGGAAUCUUCGGCCUGGUGACAGACUUGGAAGGCCUGGAGGUGGAUGACUGGGAGUUCUGAGCCAAUGCAGCCUGCACCCUCCAGCUGGGGUGGGGUAUGAGCCCUGGGGGCCUCCCUGAGGGGCGGCACCUACCUCUGGGUGCUGACUGGGUAGAAAGGACACUAUGUCGGCAGAGCUGGCUGCUGGCUGCUUGAAAGGACAUUCUGGAAGAGACUUCACCGUUUCUGUGGCUUUUGAGAGACAGGGAGUCCCUGUCUCCAGGGACUUGGAGAGGCCAGAAAGCUGACACCCUGUUCUGUGAGCUCAGGGGACCUCCUCAGAAGGAAGAGACACUGCUUUGGCCCCGAGGCUCAAGUCCAAGCCCAAAGCUUAACUCACGACCCAGGGAUCCUUCACUUCCUCUUCCUGCACUUGCUCUCCUGUCUACUCCACUUUCUCUGCUCCCAGAUGCUGGAGGGCUAAACGGGGACAAGUCCUAAGCAGCCUGCCCCUGUCCUGCCCUCAAGCAUCUCCCAGUGUCUGUCUGAAGAGCCAGGUCAGUGAUGGCUGGGCGGGGCAUCCUUAUCCCCACCUAGCUCUUGGGCCCUAGCACCUGCAACCUCCAUCCAUGCCUCCUGUCAGCUGCUGCCUUGGUGCCUCCUCCAAGAGCCGCAAUGUCUUGCCUCAUCUGAGGGCUUGAGUAAGUCCUUACGUUGUGUUAGUUUCAUUGUCAGAACAAAUUAAAAUUUUCAGAGUA